UGUUAUUUCAUUAAAAUUAUAAAUUGACAUACAUCAAGGUCCAGAGAAACGUAUUGAAAAAUGUUUUAUAUUUUUCAAAGUGUUUAAGACUUCAAGCUUUCUUUUUUAAAUUAUUCAGAACAUUUUAUUUUAUUCGAGUAGAAGCCGGUGGGAUAGUGCUCGGAUGUUUACAUGUAUCAAGAUAUUCCAAGGACAUUUCCAGGCCCGUGUUAACUAAGAAAAUAUGAUGAGUACCUGUAUACUGCGGCAAAUUGUUUUAAGAAGUGGAUAUAGAGUUCGAUUUCUUCCAUUAAUUCAGACGGCUUGUCAGAGAGCAACAGAUAUAAAGUGUACUUGCCAUCAAACACAGAAUCAGUGUUACAGUUCUGAAAAUUAUCAGCAAAAUAGGCAUUUUAAUACAUCAAACAUUCAAAGAAAUGCUAAAGUUCAAAAAUCUUUUGAUACAUAUUACGCAGCUGUUAUAGAGGCUCACAAGUUAGAUGAGAAAUUAAUAUCAUAUAAAUAUAGUCAGACAUCUGACGAUGAAACAGAACGCAACAUUGAGAUAAGAAGAUGGAUGUUUAUUGAAGCAGUUGAUAUUUAUAAGCAGAAGAGUGAAACUGUUCAUCACUCGGGUCUUAGAAGAGGACAUAUUGAGUUUAUUACUCAAGCUUUAAGUAGAAUGAAAGAUCUUGGUGUGCACAGAGACCUUGCCUGUUACAAGGCAUUAAUACAGGUGUUUCCAGAAGAUAUUAUGGUUCCUACAACUGCAUACCAAGUAGAAUUCUAUCACUAUCCUGUACAGCAAGAUAAAGCCAAAGAUAUCCUUGAGCAGAUGGAGGAAAAUACUUUAAUACCUGAUCAAGAAACCCGUGAUCUGUUGGAAGCGAGGUUUGGAAAACAGACACAUGUGAUACGGAAGGUUAGACGAAUGAUCUACUGGAUGAGGAAGUUUCAAAAUGCCAACCCGUAUAAAUUACCACACCAUCUACCACUAGAUCCUAUCAAAUUAGCAAUCCUAGCACUAAAGAAAAUGUCAGUGGAUCUUGAAAAUGAAAUAAAAGUAUUUAAGGUAACAGAUGAUAGAGAGAAGAUCUUUAUAGCCUCAGCACAGAGUCCACUCCAGAGAGAAAUGAUCAAGAAACAUCCUGAGUCUGUGCCCUUGUAUGUAGAGGGAGGUUUUCCUAUUUGGCUUCGGGACAAAAGAUUGACACACUUCAUACUAAAGGCAGAUAGUGAUCCCAAACUGUUUAAAUAUCCAACUAAAGAAGAGCAGGAUGAGGAAGACUUGGAGUUUGAGACUAUAUUUGACAGCGAGGAACCAUCAUCACUAGCACCUAUGCCAAAUGUUCAUCAGCAAGAUGAUGGGACUAUCCUAGGCAUGUGUAUAACUGAAACAAGUACAAAAGACUCUCUAAUCAGUUGGAUACGAUGUCUACAGGAAGACAAUCCUAGCCUUGAUAAAAUACCAAUAGUGUUUGCUUUAAAACAAGCAGAAGAAGGCGUUAUUAUGCCUGUAAAUGAAGAGAAGAGUAAUGAACAUCAAACACAACCUGGUCAAUGAUAAACACUUAAAUUAAAGUUAAUUAAAGAAUUGUAAAAUUGUUUUUUUUUAAAUAAAAUAAAGUGGUUUGGUGACUUGA